AUGGGUGACAAUAAGCGCAAAGCUACCGACGAUGCAGAGGAGUCCAAUGAUCCCGCAUGGCGCCAGAAGCUGAAACAGGCACGCAAAGAAAAAAAAGAGAAAAAAGAGAAAAAAGAGAAAAAACGGGUCAAAAAGGAACAUGAGGGAAUUUCCGCCGGGGAGUUGGGAGAAGAAGGAUCCAAACCCAAGAAGAACAAGGAGCGCAAGAAGCUCGAGAAGCUCGAAGGUGCCUCUAAGAAGGAAAAGGAUGCUGAGCCUGAGCCUGUGAAGGACCUGGAUUCCGAGGAGGAGGAGAAGAAAAAGAAGAAGAAAGAGAAGAAGGAGAAGAAGGAGAAGAAGGAGAAGAAGGAGAAGAAGGAGAAGAAGAAGAAGGAAGAAAAGGAGAAGGAAGAAGCAGAUGACACCACUGAAGCCGAGGUUGACGCUGAAGCCGUAUCAGAAGACGUCGCAGCCGAUGGGAAGAGUUCCCGUUUUAUCUGUUUUGUUGGUAAUCUACCAUACUCUGCCAAUCAAGAGUCCCUCACAAAACACUUUGCAAAGAACCCACCAGCAACCAUACGUGUAGCUACCAAGAAGGAAGAUCCAAAGAAUCGCUGCCGAGGCUUUGCGUUUAUUGAGUUCGAUAACUACGACCGCAUGAAGACCUGUCUGCAGUUAUACCACCACUCCACCUUUGAUGACGGCAAGUAUCCGCCUCGGCGGAUGAAUGUUGAAUUGACCGCCGGUGGUGGUGGCGCAAAGUCAGAUCACCGAAAGGCCAAGAUCCAGGCAAAGAAUGAGAAGUUAAACGAUGAACGCCAGCGCAAGGCCAAGGAGAUUAAAAAGGGUCAAAACAAGCAUGAGAGGCAGAAGGCCCCUCAAGGUGCAACUGGUGCCAAUGCCGUUGGCGUUGAUGGAGCCAACGAUGAAGCCAAUGAUGGAGAUGAUAAAUAUGCCGGUGUGCACCCUAGCCGCCGUGGACGUAUGUGGUAA